UAAUGAAUACAGACCCUGUUCCGCUCAAGCUCCAUAAACCUCUCUGGUCUUGGGCUUUUCCGCCCUGCGGUGAAAGCUACGGCGCGCCCCUGCGGUCACCACCUGCUCGGGCGGAACCCGCGGAGCGCGCACCUACGCCCCGGGCCCCUUUCCUCCCCGCCUCACCCUUUCCUGCCGAGCACCCUGCUUUCCCUUGCCCUGGCCCGGCUUGCAACUUUCCUUCCAGCCUGGCGCUCGCCCCACUUGGCUGGCCCCCAAGGGACGCUGCCUUCCUUCUGCGCCCCCGCCUUCCAGCUUCCCGCUCAGGGGCCGCGAGCCCUGCCCCUGGCCCUGCGCUGGAGGGCGGCUAGUCGGGCGCGCGCGCCCCCCGUCCGCGGGCCCCUCCCCGCCCGCGGCGCAGCUCCCCCUGCAGCACCUCCCCUCGCUGGGAGGGAGCCGGAGGGGGCUCCCGGCGCCGCGGCGCAGACCUGCUCGGGCCGCGCGCCGCGCCGCUCUCCUCCCAGAGCGGCGGCAGUAGCGGCGGCGGCCGCAGGGGGUUCCCGGCGCCCGCAGCUCCUCCUGGGAGCCGAGCGCGCCUCUCCUCGCGCCCGGCAUCCCUAGCCAGAUCCCCGCGCGCAGCUGCGCGGCCGCCAACAUGGAUUUGCUCCUUGUGCUGGUGCUCGGGUCCUCGCUCUACCUGCCGGCGGCCGCGGAGUUCGACGGGAGGUGGCCCAGACAAAUAGUGUCAUCAAUUGGCCUGUGUCGUUACGGUGGGAGGAUUGACUGCUGCUGGGGCUGGGCCCGCCGGUCAUGGGGACAGUGUCAGCAUUCUCCAAGAAUUUCAGUUUUAACUUAUUCUGAUGAAAUGCUGCUAAGUCAACUUGUUAUUCCUGACUGUCAUGAUGGAAAAACAGGAUUUCUUGGCCAGUCGAACCCUGACCAUUAUUAGCAGCGUUUCAGGUUUCUUCCAUUUACUUUCAUUAAACUGGGUUAUUUAUGUAUCUUCACAUGAAAUGGCUGAGCUUUCUUGGUAAUUCUUGUUGCUAUCCACAACCAAAGCAGCCAUGCAGAAGAUAAUGCUGUGGAAGGAAAGAAAAAACCUUAAUAUUUCUUCCUCAAGGCUGGAGAAGGGGAACAUACAGUGUGGAAGGAACAGGUAAGUGAAGAUGUGUCAAUUCCCAACCUACCAGCAUUGGUUACUAAUUGACCAAAAGUUUUAAUUUUUUUCAGAUAUUUUGUCCAACACUCAUUUAAGUAAAAGGAUACUGUCUCUUGGAACCAAAAAUUAAUAUUCUGAAAAUGAAAAAUUGGAUUGGAAGGUACAGUGUCACAAAAGGUCUGAAAUAUUUUAAUGUAGAAUUUGGACUAUGAAAGAAUAGCACAACUUCAAUUAUUGGGAACUAUUUUUGUUACAAAAUGUUUUUUAAUGACAAAAUGGUGACUAAAAUAUUACUAUUUUAAACAUGUCCUAGAUUUUUUUUU